AUGAGAACAGGCUCAAUAUUUAUAUAUACUGCAGUUCAAAAGUAUCACCAAGGGUGCAUUUAGUUGAUCAAAAAUAAAUUGUAUCAAUUUAAAAUAACUGAAUAUUGAUGCCAUAGAAUUGUCUAUUAGAGUGAUAUGCUAUAAACAUGCUACAAACAUAUACACCAAAGAUGAUUUGGUGACAAACACUGCGGGAUAAGUCUGAAAGUAUAAUGGUGUUGAAAUUCUUUGGCUUAAUUUUAUCACAGGGAAACCUUGAGACUGAGAGAGCCAGUGCCCAGACAGAAGCUGUCUCUCCAGAACCCACCCUAGCAGAGCUCAAAGAGGAACGGAGACUCAUUCAGAGGGAUCUGAAUGUCAAGAGUUCAAUAAACUGCUCCAACAUCACAAUAAACCAGAGUACCAGAAACAGAAACCAACAAAUCCAUGCAAGGGAGAUGAGUGGGCUUACUUUGUCUGCAAAUGAUUCAGAAAGACCAAAACCAAACGCAACAGUUCCCCAUUUGAAACCAUGUCCGCCCAGAGACACAAACCACAUCAGGAGCGAUGUACCACUAAUGAGAAAUGUUGACUCCACGAGCCCUACUUCUGCUUUGGAACAAGGGGACAAAGGUUGCAAGUACAGAGGAAAUUCAGUAAGAGCUUCAGCAUUCAGACUGGUGCCAGCAACCACAGUCAGAGCAUCAGGAUCCGUCAAAGACGUCCGCCUAAAGAUGGAGGUGACCAGAAACGGUGAACACCUCCAGCCCGCUCCUCCUGCAGGGCAGAGAACAGCCAGCAGGGGGCAGAGGGGGAACAGACACCCUCAGCCCAACAGCCCGCUCACUUCUAUUUGACAAGAACUGGAUACCGCUCUUAGGAAUACCCAUAGGAGUAAAACACAAACCACAAGGUGAUCUUUAAAAUAAACUUUAUUUACCAUUUCAAAUUGAACAGUUUAAGAUAUACAGCUGACAUGACUAAGACAAUUUCAAUUCAGUUUGGCCCUAAAAUGGAAAAGACAUGGUUAGAUAUGUUUGAUAAAGUACUGAGCUCAUGUCAUUAUUGUGCUUGUCUUUUUACUUCACUGUUUUUAUACUGCCAUGAGCACACAGGUACACACACGCACGCACACACACACACACACACACACACUAUUGUGAUGAGAUCUCUUCUUUUAGGAUACAGUACAUGGGAGCGAUAUGGGUUUUAUUUUUUGCAGUUAUGUAUUAUUUUCUGUUCAAACACGUAUACAUUUUAAAGUGCUGUAACAACAUUAAAAUACAUGAUGCUGUUUUGAAUAAACACCACGGUAAGUAAAUGAAAAAAAUUCAGUUUCAUUUGAAAGCUGCAAAAUUGUGCUCAAUACAUAUUUCAAUCUAAGAACCAAGAGGUUUUUUUGUGCAUAUAUUUUUGUUUUGCUCGUUACAACACAGCCCUGUCAUGUCAUUUGAAGGUGUAUUCCAUCACAAUUCAUUUACAAACUAAUGUAAAAGUGUUCGGUUCUUCUUAGAAACGCAUUUUUUUAAUUCCCAAUAGCAGAUUGACACGACGUGUUAAUAUACCAAAAUAAAAUUUCCAAAACAUUAAUUCAGUAUGUGUAAUUUUCAAAUGCAUUUUUCUUUCCGGGAGAUCAAAUGUGCUUUCUCUGUUUCUUUUUACAUUGUGCAGAACACAUGAAACUGUGAAUGAAAUUGACAGAAAUGUUCUUAAAGGGUUUUGCAGCACUACAAAUACACUUACAAUACUGAGAUGAAGAUAUAACAUUGUUGGCUUUAGACUGUGUCCUUUCACAUCAAUGAUUUCUGUUUGAUCACCAGA